UGCGAUGAGACGCACGACGAGGUGUUUGAGGCGAUCAACAAGUUUGGCGCCACCACCGCCCUACUGGUGCCCACACAACUGAACUAUUUGGUGAAAAACCCGCAGAAGUACCACAAGAACUACUUCCCCACACUUCAGAAAGUGUUGACCGGUGCGGCGCCGUUAUCCCGAUCCACGUACGAGACAAUUAGGGAGCGCUUCCGGUUCCGCAACUUUCGUAACAGCUAUGGUAUGUCUGAGAGUGGGUUCGCACUGGCAGUCCAUUUGGGAGACACCAAUCUGCUGAUUAACUGCGAGACUGUGGGUAAAGUAAACCCAGGGAUGCAGGUUAUGGUCAUUGAUAAUAAUUGCAAUCAAUUGGGUGCCAAUCAGUUGGGGGAGAUAUGUAUGAAUGGGGAUCAGGUGACGCCGGGAUAUGUGAACAACAGCGCCGAAAACGAUAAGCUCUUUACCCGCAACUCAUUCAUACGUAGCGGUGAUAUCGGCUAUUAUGACGACAACCACUUCUUCUACAUCAUCGGCCGAUCCAAGGAAGUCAUGAAUGUCGAC